GCUAUCAUCAACAAAUCUAGGUAGGUUUUCUCAGUUUAAUUUUUGAAAAAAAGAUCCAAGAUGUCGCAGCCGCAAUUCGGGAAAUUAAUGCCCAAUCUGGACCAACAAAGCACGAAACUCCUCAAUUUAACGGUCCUCCGUCGCAUCGAUCCUUUCGUCGAGGAAAUUCUCAUCACCGCCGCUCAUGUUGCCUUCUAUGAGUUCAACAUCGACCUUAGCCAAUGGAGCCGAAAAGACGUUGAAGGAUCUCUCUUUGUCGUGAAGAGGAAUACGCAACCUAGGUUUCAGUUUAUUGUGAUGAAUAGACGCAAUACUGAUAAUUUGGUGGAAAAUCUCUUGGGAGAUUUUGAGUAUGAAGUUCAGGAUAAAUAUCUGCUAUACCGCAAUGCUUCUCAGGAAAUAAAUGGUAUCUGGUUUUAUGAUGCUGGUGAACUGGAGGAAGUUGCAAAUCUUUUCAGCAGGAUCCUUACUGCAUACUCAAAGGUGCCCCAGAAGGCAAAGGUAACAUCAGCAAAAGGUGAGUUUGAAGAACUGGAGGCUGUCACAACAAUGGCCAUCAUGGAUGGUCCCUUGGAGCCAUCAUCAUCAACUGCAUCCAAUGCUGCAGAGGUCCCUGAUGAUCCUGCCUUUGUGAAUUUCUUCAGUACAGCUAUGACCAUUGGAAGUGCUUCAAAUAGAGCAAAUUAUGGACAACCUUACCAAUGUUCUGCUGCAAUGCCUGCUACUUCUAACCCAGCGAUUGUCGCUUCCCCUACAGUGCCAGUACUACCAUAUCCUCUAUCAUCUUCUAGUCCGUCGAUGCCACUACAUGAUACACCUGAAUUGGGAAGCAAUCAUACUAAUCUUGUAAAGCCCUCAACAUUCUUUUUGCAUCCUUCCUCUUCUCCACAGAUAGUGCAAUCCGUCUCUACAUUUUCACCAACUGCUCCUCUACUUAACCCUCCUCUGAGUCUGCCACGCCUGCACGGUGCACCGUUGCUUCAACCUUUUCCACCACCCACUCCUUCACCAUCACUCACUCCUGCACCUGUCCCCACUCAAAACUAUGGGUUAUCUAUCAGCAGAGAAAAAGUCCGGGAGGCUCUUUUGGCUCUCAUUCAGGACAACCAAUUCAUCGACAUGGUCCACCGAGCACUGCUAAAUGCAUAUAAUUCCUGACCACCAAAUCGAGAAUACGGGUACUAUGAUUUUUGGCUCAAUAGUUUUGUUUUUCGGGCUAUUGUUUAGGAGGUUUUGGGUUUCAUCUCAUUUAGUUGCCAUUUACUAGAAGCUGAAAACACAAACUCUGGCAAUUUGUCUUCCUCGAUGGAUUUGGUUGGUGGAGUUUAUAUGAUUCUGAUUCUUUAUCUGGUUAGUGUAAACCGACUGCAUUUAUAUACUUGUGCGACCAGAUCUUUGAUUGGUGAUCAUUAUUUAUAUG